CUUCAACUGCUAUGCGGGCUUGUGCGGCGUCCGCCUAGGUCUGCGGGUUGUGCUUCCGGUGCGAAGGUCAGGGACAAGAUGGUGCAGGUGUCUCCGCUCAUCAAGCUCGGCCGCUGCUCCUUCUUAUUCCUCGGCAUGGCCUCCAGAGCCACGCACUACAGUUACCUAAAACCUCGGGCAGAAGAGGAGAGGAGGAUAGCGGCAGAGGAGAAGCAGCAGCAGGAUGAACUGAAACGGAUUGCCAAAGAAUUGGCAGAAGCCCAAGAGGACACCAUAUUAAAGUGAGUGACCCUCCCAGCCUCUCUUUGGAGCAGCAGCGGAUGAAUAAAGCUUCCUGUGUUGUAGGAU